UCUCACUCUAAGAUCUCUCCACUCUCUACAAACACUUGACCGAUCCCUUCAAAAACUCACUCUCUUUCUCGCCUACUUGUGCUCUUACUACUUCACUCCUCUCUCUCUCCACCGUACAACCAGCACAAUGCGGCUCUCGGCUCUACUUUCUUUCCUCCUCCUCCUCCUCCUCUUCUCCACCAGCACUCUCACUCUCACAAACGCGCACAACAUCACGCGCCUCCUAUCUCACCACCCAUCAUUCUCCACAUUCAACCAUUACCUCACAAUAACACACCUCGCCGAUGAGAUCAACCGCCGCACAACCAUCACCGUCUGCGCUAUCGACAACACUGCCAUGUCAGCACUUCUCUCAAAACACCCAUCAAUCUACACUAUCAAAAACAUGCUUUCUCUUCACGUUCUUUUAGACUACUUUGGCGCCAAAAAACUGCACCAAAUAACCAACGGAACUGCACUUGCCGCCACCAUGUUUCAGGCCACCGGAUCAGCUCCAGGCUCAUCUGGGUUCGUUAACAUCACUGAUAUUAAAGGAGGGAAAGUGGCGUUUGGUCCUGAGGAUAAUGAUGGAAAUCUCGGUGUUUUCUUUGUUAAGUCUUUAGAGGAAGUGCCUUACAAUAUUUCUAUCAUCCAGAUUAGCAAUUUUUUGCCAUCUGACGUGGCGGCUGCUCCUACACCGGAGCCUAGUCGGAUGAAUUUGACUGAUAUGAUGUCUGCUCAUGGUUGUAAGUUCUUUGCUGAUACUUUGUUGGCCAAUCCUGAAGCUUCUAGUACUUAUCAGGACAAUAUUGAUGGAGGAUUAACAGUGUUUUGCCCUCUUGAUGAUCCAUUCAAAGCCUUUCUACCUAAAUACAAGAACUUAACAGCCGCAGGCAAAGUGUCAUUCCUUGAAUUCUUUGGUGUGCCUAUCUACCAAUCUUUGUCUAUGUUAAAAUCCAACAAUGGUGUCAUGAACACUUUGGCUACUGAUGGGGCAAACAAGUUUGAUUUCACAGUGCAAAAUGAUGGUGAGGAUGUGACAUUGAAGACGAAGACCGCGACAGCAAAAAUAAUUGGGACUUUGAUAGAUGAGCAGCCACUUGCUAUAUACACCAUUAACAAGGUCUUGUUGCCUAAGGAGUUGUUCAAGGCAGAAGCACCAACCCCUGCUCCAGCGCCUGCUCCGGAGAAAGCAGCAGAUGGACCAAAAUCUAGCAAGGAUGACACUUCAGCUCCAUCAGACUCUCCGGCUGAUGCACCAUCUGAUGAUGACCCAGCAGAUCAAACAGCUGAUGACAGUGCUGGCGUGAGAUUUAAUGGUGGAAGAUUUGUUGCCAAGGUAUUAAGUGUCUGCUUAGGACUUCUCAUGCUGUAAGUUUUAUCAACAUUCAUAUUCACCAAGUUUGUGGGGAAUAAGUCAAGCUCUUCAUGGGCUAAUUUAUUACUCAUUGAGGAUGUGUUUACCCUUUUUUAGUUUCUUCUUGUUGUUAGUGUGUUAAUUUUCUAUUCCUUUUUUUCUCCGUUUUUUCUUCUAUUCAAGAGGAUUUCCAGAGGUUUGUGAUUUGUAUUUUGUCCUAGAUGCUGCUGUAAAUCUAUUUAUACACUGUUAUUGUCACUAAUCAGGAAGAUUUUGUCAUAGUAAUAUAAAAACUAUUGUGUGCAA